UCUCAGCGGAACCGAAAGUAGUGCGAGACUGCGGCUGUACAGAUGACAUUUUCAUUUUCAUUACUGACUGUUUUGCUUCAAGGUUUUGGUUGUUUUUUUUUCCCUAAGCAACAGCUACGCUAAAUUUGUACAUUUAAAGUUGAUGGUGCUUCGACUGUUCUACAUGUGCACAUUUGCUUUCAUGGCACUGCCAUUAACCGAAAGCUUUGCCAAAAAUGAGUUUCCAAGCGUGGUUGUUGCCUGUGAGGUGGGGGCUCGCGCCGUUAGCGCUCACUUUAAGAGCUCGUACAGUUCACUUGUCAUCAAAAAUUAAGUGUUUCCGUCGGCCGCCUGCCGCUAGACAAGGAACGGUGUCUGCUGUUGCACCACAGAUUUUCCUUCUGUGCGGUUUUGCAUUCGUCAAGAUGUCCGAAGUUGAGCGUGCAAAACAAGAGGCGGACCGCAUACAUGAGGCUGGUGACCAUGAGGCAUCGUAUAAGAUGCUCUUGAAGUACAAGGAUUGUGAUGAUCCAGACCUUUUGUGGCGCCUUGCCCGUGUCACAUUCAAACGGUGCGAAAAUGCCCCCAAAGCUGAGAGGGAGGCAGGGCUCGCCGAAGGCAUAACUUACCUUGACAAGGCUGUUGAGUGUGGAGGCGACAAGCUAGGCCCAGUUCACAAGUGGUACAGCAUUUUAAUAGGCUCUAAGAAGGACCAUACUUCAACCAAGGAAAGAAUCCAGGAUGGUUUCUUAAUCAAAAAGCAUGUUGAAAAAGCUAUAGAAUUGAUGCCUCAAGACCCUCUGAAUUAUUAUGUUCUUGGAAAUUGGUGCUAUGAGGUGGCAGGGACGCCAUGGAUCAUCAGGAAGGCAGGGCAGCUUAUAUUUUCAGAAAUUCCAAGCUCCACUUAUGAAGAGGCACUUAAGCACUUCCAACAAGCUGAAAAAAUUAAACCAAAUUUUUACAGAAGGAACAUCUUGAUGAUUGCCAAAACUCUUUUGGAACUAAAUCGCAAAGAAGAAGCAGUGACUUACCUAAAACAAUGUGUCAACACUCCCACGAAAGCUACAGAAGAUGACAAAAAGUAUCAUGUGCCUUUGACAAUUUCCGACAUUAAUCUGUGUCCACACCAUCCAAGUUACCUGCACAGGUAUUUUAUUUUUAACCAAUUUAACAAAGCAUACUUAGUAACUGUGUGUACCACUUAUCCUUUUAUAGAAGUCUGUAUCUGUUUAUCAUAACAAAUAAUAAACUUU